CGGCCCUGUGCUUCACAGUUCACAACUCGCACGGCAGUCACGAGUCACAGUGAAACACGAGACGUCGUUGAACUUUAAAGCGACGCCAAUAAUUUUUCUCGAUUGUGCCACAGUUUAGUUAUCCACUAUCUUGUUCUAUAAAUUUCAUCACGUUUCAGUCGCCCAAGGCCACCACGUGGUUUCAGUUGCCAUGUCGUCAGUACACUCUAAUGGUAAAGGUACCGGCUAUCGUUAUUCUGCAUGUGAAGAAUCGUACGAUUCGACUGGCAGUGAAUCUGAAAACGAUUCUGGUUGCUCCCAUUUUUACCGGCAAACAGCCAAAGUACGGUUCACUCGAACAACUUCUAAGGUUCAACAUCACAUGCAAACGAAGGCAGCUUCUGAUGAGGGAAAGCAAGAGUUGUUUGGCUGUCUCCGGCGAUCGAGCAGCACCAGUCAAAUGUCACAGUACUUAGAAAGCAGUCAUGCUGUCAAGGGCGAAAGAGGAACUUUAGGUAAUAGACGCAGUCCGGAAUCCGAAAAAAGACACCAAGAACUAGAGAAAACUCGUCGAGAAAUUCAGCGGAUGGAUCACUUCCAACAGCUAGAGCAGCAAAAUCGAGAAGAACGAUAUUGUCUUAGCAAAACGAAUUCCACACUGUCUUCCUCAGCGUCCAUUCCUUCCAUUCCCCACUGUCAACCGUGUUCGCUUCCAGAUUCCUGGAUCGCUCAGCUGCCUUCUUCAGCUGAAUUUUCACUGGAUGAACGAGUGUUGCCACCGUCCCCGACUUCCAGUAAUUCAUUCUGUUGUUGGGACUGGUGCGUUGGCGAUCAAUCUUCCUGGCCGCCUCACGUUGGCUUGGAGCCGUUUACCGGCAACCCCAUGGACUGGCCUUUUUUCAUACAACGCUUCAAGACAUGGAUCCACGAUGCAAUGCCCAACGAUACACUGCGGAUGAUCUACUUGGAAGAACUUCUUUCACCUGAACUCCGCCAAAAAUUUGUGUCGCAUUUUAGCCACCCUGGCCGCUAUCGCAAGCUGCUCACUCAUCUCAGUAACCACUAUGGACACCCUUUACUAGUGGUUCGCUCGUGCUUUGAAGGGCUUAGGAAAUUGGUUCCAAUCGACUCGAACAAUCUACAGUCUUCGCUUGGCGACUUAUCCGAAAAAGUACAACACAUUUUAGCAAUUUUGAAGGCGGUGGGUUGUGCAAACGAGAUUCAUAGUUUCGCUGCUCUGGAACUCUCUGGUUUAGUGAACAAGAUAUCUGAAGAUUUGCGGGGAAAAUGGGCUCUCCACAUCAAAGAAAAAUCAUCUGUGGUACCUUUGCCAGACUUGGGCGAAUUCGCUACUUGGCUAGAAAGAUAUGCCGAAUCUACAAGGAGGAGAUGAUGCCGAUAGAUCAAUUUUCGGCAGUUCACCAACGACAAAAGCACUGGGUGAUGCGUAAUUGCACACCUUAUAGAUGAGCUGAUGCCAUCUCCUUGUAAAUUGGUCUAAAUGGCACAGAUAAAACAGUAGACAAAAUACUGUGAUAACUGAUAAUACAAUGUUU